AUGAAGCUGUCAAACCAGUCCGAGGUCCCGGUCUAUACCAUCUCGGGCUCAAAUACGGCACGGCCACUGCCCGAAUGGCUCGCAAGACGGCGCAAGCGCAGCUUGAAAGACGAUCCCGAAUAUGCGAAUCGUGUUGAGUUGUUGCAAGACUUUGAGUUUGAGGAAGCGAGUCAGUGUGUCAGAGCAAGUGAAGAUGGCGAAUGGGUCAUGAGCACAGGGACAUACAAACCACAGAUCCAUACCCACUAUUUACCGCAACUGUCUCUUUCUUGGGCGCGCCAUACGGUGGCACUGAACACGACUUUUCUUUUGCUGUCAUCCGAUUACUCCAAGUCCCUCCACCUGCAGUCAGACCGCUCGCUCGAAUUCCACACCCCGCAAGGAUGCCACUACACGACCCGGCUCCCCCGAUAUGGACGUGACUUGGUCUAUGAUCGACAGUCGACUGAAGCGCUGGUCCCUGCAGUCGGUGUCAACCAGGAUGGUAUGGGCGAGGUCUUCCGAUUGAAUUUGGAACUUGGACGAUAUAUGCGGAGCUUUGAGGUUGAUGUUGGCGGUGAUGACUUUACAUCGGCCGGAGGCGGGACUCUACAGGGUGGCAUUAAUACAGGCGCGGUUAACACGGGUGCGAUUGCGGAAGAAAGUCAUAACCUGUUGGCUUUUGGAACAACAGCAGGGACAGUCGAGCUCUGGGAUUCCCGGGCCAAGGGUCGAGCUGGAGUGCUACUGCCACCAAAGCUGGCUGGCCCCGACGAGGCUCGAUCGGAAAUUACUGCGCUGGAGUUUCACCGCUCUGGCUUGACCCUGGGGACUGGUUCAUCGAAUGGCCUGAUUCAUCUCUACGAUCUCCGGUCUCCGGUCCCUCUCCUGAAGAAGGAUCAAGGAUACGGGUUCCCUAUCCACACCCUGAAGUUCCUGCAGCCCUCGUCCGCGACGCGUGAGGCAACCAUGGACCCUAAGAUUCUUUCGGCUGAUAAGCGUAUCAUCAAGAUCUGGGAUCCACGCGAUGGUAGCCCUUGGACCUCUGUCGAGCCGGCCGUCGAUAUCAACUCGGUGGCCUGGUGCAAAGACAGUGGGAUGAUCCUGACAGCCAACGAAGGACGACAGCAACAUUCAUUCUUCAUCCCACAGCUCGGACCCGCUCCGAAGUGGUGUUCGUUCUUAGACAACUUAGUCGAGGAGAUGGCUGAGGACCCCAACGAUCCGAACGCAUUCAGCAGCGCCCAGACUGGCGCAGUCUACGACAACUUCAAGUUCUUGACGGUUCCACAGCUUCGCAACCUGAACCUGGAGCACCUCAUCGGUCGGACGAACCUCCUGCGACCUUACAUGCACGGAUACUUUGUGGCCCAGCGAUUGUAUGAGGAGGCAAGACUGAUUAGCAACCCAUACAUUUGGGAAGAAGAGCGCGCGAAGCAAGUGAAGGAUAAGAUUGACAAGGAGCGCGAGAGCCGCAUCCGCGGCAAGAAGAAGGCGGCCGUCAAGGUCAACAAGAAACUGGCCGAGAGGCUGCUGAACGCAGAGGAGAAGAAGGAUCGGCGGAGAGCCCAGCGUGUGCUGGAGCGAGGCGGCGACGAAGAAAUGGCCGACGCUCCUGCUGCCGCUCCAUCCGAGAUCGCAGACAAGGGUGUGUUGGGCGACAGCCGUUUCGCUAAGCUGUUCGAGGACGAGGACUUCGCUGUCGACGAGACCUCCCGCGAAUUCCAGCUGCUGAACCCCAGCACCGCCCCCGAGACUUCCGAGAGAAAGGAGCGCGGUUUAACGGCGGUCGAGCAAGAGGCGGUCGACGAUGUUCCCGGUUCGAGCUCCGACGACUCCAACUCCGACAGUGAGCCUGAAAGGCCCGUGAAGAUCCAGUCCUCGGGCAAGAUCUCCUCCGCAGACUACAGACGAACGAAGCGCCCGCCGCCUCGCAUGCAGGUAUCCUCGUCAACCCAUACCGGUUCUGCCCGGGAUCGCUCGUUCGGUUCCCGCGCCCAGAACAUGAAAACGAAACAGAAGCCCCAGCGGCGGGGCGGUGUCGUCGGCGAGAGGGAAAUCAGUUUCAAUCCGGCCGGCAAAUCCAAACGGGCCGAACCCGCGGUGCGCUACGAUAACACCGGCUCAGGCAGCUUCCGAGCUAAGGAACGGCGCAGCGCAUCUGGGAAUACCUUCCGAAAGAUGUAA